AUGUGCCUGGCAGAGAAGCAGGCACAUGUGCCGUAUCGCGAUAGUAAGCUCACGCGAAUUCUCAAGGAUUCCAUUGGCGGCAACUCACGCACCGCACUCGUUCUUUGCUGCAGUCCCUCGCAGUUAAAUGGCCACGAAACUUUGUCUUCGGUCCGCUUUGGGGCACGAGCACAGAACGUGUGCAACCGGGCGGUGGUCAACCGUCAGUUAACAGUAGAGGAACUCAAGAGCAUGUUAGACCUAGCCAAGGCUGAGAUUCAGCAUCUGCGGCAGCUUCUGCAGAAUAAACCUGGCAGGAAAUCUUCAACAGAGCCUAUGACAGCUCGAAGCCCAUCAAUCUCACAGACGGGAAAUGGGCUGCGUCGUCUUGAAGAAUUUGGGGACUACAACAAUGUGGAGGCGUUGCUGCAGCAAGGUGCACGUGAGCAACUCUCGUUGGGUGCCCUGCAGGCAGAGGUGGAGCACCUGCGUGAUGCACUGCGCGAAGCCCAAUACACAACGGACCUCCUCCAUACACAAUCCGCCAUGCAAACUUCACUCGUGCAGCUGCUGCAGGAAGAGAGUGCAAUAUGGGAGGAGGAGUUCACUAAAGCUAUGCGCGAGUUGCACGCUCAGCGCCGUUGUGUGGAUCACUACCGCACGCUCUUGCAGGAAGUGCGGGAUGAGGCAGGACUUGUGCCUCGGCAGCUGUCGCUGUAUUUGGAGCAGGUGCGUGCGAUACGCACGCAGCUGGAGGCGAGCCCCUCCGCAGUGCGCCGCAGCAAUGAUAUGCGGCAGAACAAUCAUGGCUCGUCGCAGCACAUGGUUAGCGACAGCUCGCGGCGAACCACGUCUGGGAAAGGGGCUCUGUCGAGUAGCGGUGCGGCAGCGGCACUUCACCACCGAAGGGGGGGAUCGUCUCCCCCGGAGGUUCCGGAAAGGUCUGGAGGUGCCGCUACUCCUGCAGCUUCUGCUGUCGCGCCGCGUCAUACUAACGCGCAGGGGAUACACAGUGAUAGCGAAGACUCUGAUGAUCGGUUUGUGGAUGAUGAGCACGAGAUGGUGAUGCAACGCAUGGGUGUUGUCAUGGAUGAGGUGGAACAGCUGCGCAACACCAACGGAGCACUGACGCUCGAACUGCAGCUUGCUGAGAAGAAGCUGGCAAUCCGCCACGAGCGCAUUGAAAAUCUCAAAUUUGGGUUGAGACAAGAGUGUAUAGCAAAUAAUAAGUUGCAGUGGACGUUGGGGGAGGAGCGGGCUAAUCAACGUGUGAAGCUGCAGGAGGCACGCCACGACGCGCUCCACUGGCGUCAGCGGUAUGACGACCUCCUCAACAACUCGCACAUGAGCAGCAGGAAACGCUGCGUCGAGCGUGGUGGGCAUCGCAAAAGCAGCACACCUGCAUUGGAGACCGUGCUGUUGGCGCAUGUGGCCACCUCGCCGACAGAAUCGCCCAUUACAGCAGGUCACGGGGUUAUUGUGAAGCCGAUACGUGGUGGCAACCACAAGGAGCCAGAGGAAGGCGUGUGA